AUGCCUUUAAAAUCGUAUUUUUUUUCCGCAUUUCUAGUUUUAUGCCUGGCUAAAUUCACCCAAGGCCUUAAUACCACAGAGAAAGAAAAAUCGUUAUCGCCUUUCGAACUAAAUUUUUUACAAAACAAAUUCGCGUCCUACUAUGCAAACGACACUAUCACCGUGAAAGGUAUUACAAUUGGAGGCUGGUUAGUAACAGAACCUUAUAUUACGCCAUCGUUGUAUCGUAAUGCUACGUUGCUGGCAAAACAACAAAACACUUCCAGUAAUAUAUCCAUUAUCGACGAAUUCACUCUUUGUAAAACCUUAGGAUAUAACACCUCUCUAGCUUUAUUGGAUAAACACUUUAAAACUUGGAUCACCGAGGAUGAUUUUGAACAAAUCAAAACCAACGGUUUUAAUUUAGUUAGGAUCCCUAUUGGAUAUUGGGCAUGGAAACAAAAUAAUGAUAGAAACUUGUACAUCGAUAACAUAACUUACAAUGAUCCAUACGUAAGUGAUGGGUUACAAUUGAAAUAUUUAAAUAAUGCUCUCGAUUGGGCACAAAAGUACGAGCUGAACGUAUGGAUAGAUCUACAUGGCGUUCCCGGAUCCCAAAAUGGGUUCGAUAAUUCCGGUGAAAGAAUACUAUAUGGUGAUCUAGGCUGGUUAAGGUUGAAUAAUACUAAAGAGCUAACAUUGGCUGUCUGGAAGGAUAUGUUUCAAACAUUUUUAAAUAAAGGUGACAAAAGUCCUGUAGUGGGUCUCCAAAUCGUCAACGAGCCACUUGGUGGUAAAAUCAACGUCUCAAACAUAACGGAGAUGUACUACGAAGCAUUUGACUUGUUCAAAAAGAAUCAGAGUUUGAGUGAUAACACCACAUUUGUUAUUCAUGAUGCUUUUCAAGGAAUAGGUCAUUGGAACUUGGAACUAAACCCAAACUACCAGAACGUGUCGUAUCACUAUUUUAAUUUGACAGGCGCAAAUUACAGCUCUCAAGAUGUACUAGUGGACCACCAUCAUUAUGAAGUCUUUACCAAUAACCAAUUGGCUGAAACUCAAUUUUCACGUAUUGAAAACAUUAUAAACUAUGGGGAUUCCAUCCACAAAGAACUUUCUUAUCAUCCCGCGGUUGUCGGAGAAUGGUCAGGUGCCAUUACUGAUUGCGCAACCUGGCUAAAUGGUGUCGGGGUGGGUGCACGUUACGAUGGAACAUACUACAACACAACGUUGUUUACUACAAACGAUAAGCCAGUUGGCACAUGCAUCUCCCAGAAUCGCUUAGCCGAUUGGACACAAGAUUACCGUGACCGCGUAAGACAGUUCAUUGAAGCACAGCUAGCCACUUAUUCGUCAAAAACAACGGGAUGGAUUUUUUGGAAUUGGAAGACUGAAGACGCCAUAGAAUGGGAUUAUUUGAAGUUGAAAGAAGCCGAUCUUUUCCCUUCCCCUUUCGAUAACUAUACGUACUUUAAAGCAGAUGGAUCCAUUGAAGAAGAGUUUUCAUCCUCUUUGUCAACACAAGCAUUUCCGAGAACGACAACUUCCCUUUUGUCCUCUACUACGACUUCUAGGAAGAGUAAAAAUGCUGCAGUUUCUAAUAAACUAACAAGUUCACAAAUAUUAUCAAUCAACAAUAUGAGUUUGACUUGGAAAACGAGCAUAUGCGCACUCGUUAUCACAAUUACCGCUUUCUGCGCUUCUCUCUGA